UUUGAAAGAUUCAGCAGGAAACAGUACAUUUGUACGAGGCAUUUUCUUUAUAUUAACUUUUUAUAACAGCCUUUUCUUGGACUUAGGGUGAAACUGAAUAGAAGAACCUUUUCAAAAGAGUCAAGAAUUCUAGAACUAUCACAGUAGAGAGAGACUUACACUGAUUUCAGUAUUAUAUUUUAAAUAUUUGUUUAUAGUUAAAAAUUAAACAGGCAUCUAAGCGAGGAUUUGAGAGUAAGAAUCUGUUCUGGGUGUGCAGAUUUGUCUUCAUCAUGAAACAAGGAUCAGUUCUUUUGUUUAUAUUAUACCUGUCUCAUCAUGCUUUUGCACAAGUGCCAGAGAGUUACUUGAUACAGGAAUGUGUGAAGAACAAUUACACAGAGCGAUCUUGUGAGAAAGUUUUUUGUCAGCCUUGGCAGACGUGUAUAACAGGAACCUGUCAGUGUAAAAUACCUUACCAGUGCCCCAAAAAUGGCACUUCAGUUUGUUCCAUUGUCAGAAGGAGCUUCCCAACUUACUGUCAACUAAAAAGUUAUGAGUGUCGCCAAAAAUUCAGCAAAUUUUUGAACAGGGGCAAUUGUAACCCUGGAGAUCGUUUUAAUAUUCUCUUCAGUCACACAAAUGUAAGCUCAGAAGGAAUUGUUCAAGUUGAACUGACCAACUCAGAGCAAUCAUACAUAUGUGGGAAAGGAUUAACCAUCAAUGAAGCCAACGUGAUCUGCAGACAUCUUGGUUAUGCUAGAGGAGCUGAAAGCAAAGAAUCUAUUGAGCCAGAUGAAGACCAGGGUUCACUUGAAUGCCUUAAAGCAACUUGCAGAGGGAUAGAGACGAGGCUGGCUGAGUGUGGUUUAAGGAAAAUGAGGUUGACCACUGGGAAGUUGGCUAAAGUGACAUGCAGUACAGAACGCAGAGACUGUAACGUCAGAGAAUUCCCCUGUGUCAAUGGAAAAUGUAUCCAUUUAAGUAAAACAUGUGAUGCAAUGAAUGACUGUGGUGAUUUAAGUGAUGAAUUAUGUUGCAAAGCUUGCAAAAGGAAACAUUUCCAUUGUAACUCAGAUGUGUGUAUUCCAAGCAGCUAUGUGUGUAAUAAUGAACUGGACUGCCUAACAGGAGAAGAUGAACUCAAUUGUAAUAAAACUGGAGGAACUAAAAAAGAAACAGAAGGAAGAAAAAGAAACAACAAAGAAGAAUCAAAUCAAGUUAUAGAGUCCAUGGAUGAAGAAAGAAAAAGGAUAAAGACUUUACUUCCUGUAGUAUCCUGUGGCAUUAGAAAUCACACAGUUACUCGUCGGAAGAGAAUCAUUGGUGGAUUUACUGCACAACCGCUUGAAUUUCCCUGGCAAGUGGCCAUUAGAGGCGAAGGGCAAACAGUGAACUGUGGUGGGACUUACAUUGGAGGCUGUUGGGUUUUGACCGCUGCACACUGUGUUCGGAAGAGCCGUCUUCAUGUUUAUAAGGUUUGGACUGGGAUGUUAGACUCAAUAAAGUUCGAUACCAGGAUAGAAACAUUUUCUUUAAAGGACAUGAUAAUACAUGAGAACUAUAACUCCAAAACAUAUGAAAACGAUAUCGCUUUGCUGGAGAUGAAAACAAAAAAUCAGGGGACUCCAUGUUCUCCACCUGAUACUGUGCCAGUAUGCAUUCCCUGGUCACAAUAUAUGUUCAGAGGUGGUCAACAGUGUAAAGUAUCUGGCUGGGGACUUGAUGAAGAAUCUACAAGGCAAUAUGUUCUUAAGUGGGGUUAUGUUAAUCUAAUGGAUAACUGUUCAGAAAUCUACAAGAAUCGAUACUUCAAAGGAAUGGAAUGUGCCGGUACAGAUGAUGGUUCUGUAGAUGCCUGUAAAGGAGAUUCAGGAGGACCUUUGGUUUGUUUUGACCCUAACAAUGUAGGAUAUCUUUGGGGGAUUGUGAGCUGGGGUGAAAACUGUGGUGAAAGGGGACAUCCUGGUGUUUAUACAAAAGUGGCACACUAUUUUGAUUGGAUUGCUCGACAUACUGGAAUAGAUCUCAUUUCUAAAUAUAAUGUGUGAUUGUUAGAAUGCAAACAUUUACCAGCAUUAAUGAAACAAAGUUUUCAACUAGAAAACUGGUGGCUCAGUUCAAUAAAUAUUAAGUACUUUAAGUUUAACGAUUUAACUAAGCAACAACAACAGUUCCUAUGCAAUUUGAAAUUUUGCUUUGUUGUUUGUGCUUUUGAGUCAGUGUUUACUCCUGGCAAGCUGCCUGGUCCCUGCAAUUUUGGUAAGAUUUCAGAAAUGGUUUGGCAUUGCCUCUUCAUAGGGGCUGAAGCAGAGUUGACUGGUCCCAGGUUGGCCAGGUGGCUUUGUGCCUAAGGCAGUUUGUAGCCUGAUGCUUUAACCACUAUACUAAAUUGGAAAUGGUAGAAUUAUUUGAAACAUAUUCCUAAAUAGAUAUAUACUAUAUAUAAAAGUAGAGUUUAAGCCUGUUAAAAUCUCUAGUACUUAAAAGCUUAUUUCAAUAUGGAUUAUGCCCCAGAAGAGGAACUCUAGUGACUUAUAAAAUUUUACAUUUAUGGCUUGGUGGUGUUUUAGAAAAAUCUGCUCUAUUUUUUAUGUAUUCACUUUGUAUAGUCAAAUAAAAAAUGAUGUAUGCA